AUGGAGAAAAUUCAGAGUUGUGUGUUCGAUUCUUUCUAUGUAUCCAUCAUCACACUACUUGUCAACAAUACUAUAAUCGCGGAGAGCUUCUCGUCUCUCUUCGUUUCCCUCCAAUCGACUCUUUCUAAGGCUACAGGAAGCUCAGUUGAUCACAUGACUUGCUUUGGAGAUGCAGCUGGACGCCUUCAGGAAACCGCUCUAGAUGCAUCCACAAAAGGGAACCGCUACAUCAACUCUUGCCUCAGACUAAACGAGGAAAUUAAAGGCGUUGAUACUCUGGCGGCUCAGUUAAAGCACCUGGGGAGAAAUUUGGAUGUUCUUGACACGGCUGUGAACAAGCUUCUCCGUCCACCAUGA